UUUCUUACAAUUGUUGUGUAUUUUAUCCCUUAACAUAGUUGAAUGUAUGAAUUGUCGUGAUAAUUUGCCCAAAUUGGUUGAGUUUUAGAUUUAGAGAAAAUUUACAGACUAUAGAUUUAACCUCAUUCCUAUCUUGUUUUGAGGAGUCGAGUGUGCCCAGUUGUCGACGACUGUAGACGCAGUGAGGCGGUCCAGAUCAGGGUACCAAAAAAAGUAGUCGGUUUUUAGUUAGUUUUGUUGUAUUAUUUCUGAAUCUAUCCUUUUUAUUAACUCCUGGCUAAAACGAUGGCUUCUUCAGAUGUUGCUCGGAUGCCGGAUAAAUCAGUCCGGCCCCUCUCCCUAGCAGGCCAUGUGGGCUUUGAUAGCCUUCCAGAUCAGCUUGUCAACAAGUCCAUCUGCCAGGGCUUCUGCUUCAAUAUUCUCUGCAUUGGUGAAACGGGUAUCGGCAAGUCUACCCUGAUGGACACUCUGUUCAAUACCAACUUUGAGAACUUUGAGACAUCCCACUUUGAGCCUCAAGUGAAGCUGCGGGCUCAGACCUAUGACCUACAGGAGAGUAACGUCCGACUACGCCUUACCGUGGUCAACAGUGUGGGCUUCGGAGACCAAAUGAACAAACAAGAGAGCUAUCAGCCGGUCGUGGACUACAUCGACAGGCAGUUUGAGAGUUAUCUACAGGAGGAGCUAAAAAUCAAACGCUCUCUUCACAACUACCACGACUCGCGUGUCCAUGCUUGCCUCUACUUUAUCUCCCCUUCGGGUCAUUCACUCAAAUCCCUGGACCUGGUCACCAUGAAGAAAUUAGACAGCAAGGUGAACAUCAUCCCAGUGAUCGCCAAAGCUGACACCAUCAGUAAGAGCGAACUGCACAAGUUCAAGAUCAAAAUCAUGAGCGAGCUGGUCAGCAACGGCGUUCAGAUCUACCAGUUCCCCCUGGACGAUGAGACCGUCGCUAAGGUCAACACUACAAUGAACGGCCAUUUGCCUUUUGCUGUAGUUGGCAGCACAGAGGAAGUCAGCGUUGGCAAUAAGAUGGUGAAGGCCCGUCAGUAUCCCUGGGGUGUUGUACAAGUGGAGAAUGAGAGUCACUGUGAUUUCGUGAAGCUGAGGGAAAUGCUAAUCUGUGUAAACAUGGAGGACCUGAGAGAGCAGACACACACUCGACACUAUGAACUCUAUAGACGCUGCAAACUGGAAGAAAUGGGAUUCCAGGAUACGGACCCAGAGUGCAAACCUGUCAGCUUGCAGCAGACUUAUGAGGCCAAGCGCCAGGAGUUCCUGGUGGAGCUGCAGAAGAGAGAGGACGAGAUGAGGCAGAUGUUUGUGCAGAGGGUGAAGGAGAAGGAGUCUGAGCUGAAGGAGGCAGAGAGAGAGCUGCAAAGUCGUUUUGAGCAGCUGAAGCGCCUCCAUGCGGACGAGAAAGGAGCUCUGGAGGAAAAGAAGAGACACCUGGACGACGACCAGAGUUCCUUCGGCAAGAGACGAGCUGCCGCCCAACUCCUGCAGGCUCAGAGCCUCACCUCCAACGGCAAGAAGGACAAGGACCGCAAGAAUUCUGGCUUCAUGUGAAGACGUUGGGCUCUGAAGUACACUCCAGUAGAACCAGUGACAUUCUGGCCACAUCCUUUCCAGCCCUUUGUGGCCAGUCUCCAACACUAACCAGGAAAAGCCCACACAAACCAGCAGUGUGUGUGUGUGUGUGCGAGUGCGUGUGUGUGCAUGUGUGUUUGUGUGCGCGAGUGUGGGUUUGUGCCAAAGUUUAAAGACUGUACCCAUGAAUCCUGUGUACACUUUCCUCAAUGAUAUGUUUAAUCUGCUUUGUGGGUGUUAUACCUCCUGUGUAAUAUUUUAUAUUUAUCCUUUUGUUUUUAUAUAAAAACAUCUUUUUCCAUAUACCUCCCUACUUUUUAAAAACAUUUUUUACUUGUGCCCAGACUGAGGGACACCUCACACAGCCUCCUCCCUAGAUGCUGUACAUACAUGUAAUCUGUCUGCCAUAUCUUUAGUGUGUAUUAAGAACACUCUUUGUCUUGUAAAUGCAGUCUUUUGGCUUUGCUAAUGAGAAAAACAUCUGCAACAUGCUUUUAAUUUAUUCUAAAGCCUCUUUCAGACAUGCUCUUCAUGUGGAAAUUCACAUUUUUGUCUCAAUGUCUAGAUAAAUGCCAGAGUUCCAUAAGAGGCGAGCAGGUCAUUAGUAAAGCCUCAGAGAUAAACAAUCUCUUUAUUAUGUUUUUCAUCUCACAGCUGUUCUCCAGCAGUGAAUUGAGAGCAUUGCAGCUCUGUGUAAUAGUCCUAUCAUGUUUAAAUAGAGCCGUCACAGAGUCUCCACUGGGACCUUUCGAUUUUGAACAGAUUUGUAGGUAAAUCCAGCUCUGUAACAGAAUCCAUGUCUGAAAGUUGAUCUAAUGCAUUCAUCAGCAAGAGUUGUCAUAAUCAGGGUCACAGGGCAUUAUAGUUCCUUAUCCUUUUUCUGUAUUAUGUCUGAUUUAAAAAAAAAAUAAAAAAAGAAUUCUCACACCUCCUUGAUGCUAUAAACUUUAACUACGAGCAGCAGCAUUACAAACGGCAGCAGGAGCCACACUGAUCCUCCUGCUGCUCUUCCAAAGGGACUUCUCUUGUCCAAUCCCAGUUUUCUAGGCAGAGGAUAUUGUGCUUUGUUUGCUCCCUUAUUUUCUUACUGAAACAAACAGUUGAAGUUUGCAAUGCAGUCUGUCUGAGAGCUCACUCAUGGGGGGGGAAAUGUAUCACGUCGAAUCAGUGUUUGUUGAUGGGAAGAUACAUUUGUGACUGUAUUUUUAAUCAUUUCUUUUCUUCACCUCUGGAAUCACUAUGAGACCGGGAACACUUUACAGUACAGAGUAAACUACAACAGUAAAGUGAUUUUUAAACCAACAUUUACUCACAAACAUUGCCACUUUAUAUUUUUACACUAGUGCUUAACAUGUGUUAGUGCCUUAUCUGUGUGAAGCUUACUUACACUAUCCACUUAACUUGUACAUCCAGGGAUACACACCGAUGCCUAAUGGAGUAACGCUCGCCUGAGACGCUUUUGUACUACACUUGUAUUUAAGGAAUAAACAGUGUUAUUUGGGA